AUGACACGCAAAUUCGUGAAGCGUUCCAUAUUUUUGAACCGACUCAUUUCAUUUUACUUCUGUCUUUCUCUCUCCCUCCAAGUCUCCUUCGGUCUUUCUCUCUCCCUCCAAGUCUCCUUCGGUCUUUCUCUAUCCCUCCAAGUCUCCUUUGGUCUUUCUCUAUCCCUCCAAGUCUCCUUUGGUCUUUCUCUAUCCCUCCAAGUCUCCUUCGGUCUUUCUCUAUCCCUCCAAGUCUCCUUCGGUCUUUCUCUAUCCCUCCAAGUCUCCUUCGGUCUUUCUCUAUCCCUCCAAGUCUCCAAGUCUUUCCUUCUCCAAGUCUCCUUCGGUCUUUCUCUAUCCCUCCAAGUCUGCUUUGGUCUUUCUCUAUCCCUCCAAGUCUGCUUUGGUCUUUCUCUAUCCCUCCAAGUCUGCAUUGGUCUUUCUCUAUCCCUCCAAGUCUGCAUUGGUCUUUCUCUAUCCCUCCAAGUCUGCUUCAGUCUUUCUCUAUCCUUCCAAGUUCAUUCACAUCAUAUUAAUCAAAGUAUUUCUGAUACAAAUUCUUCUGCUUUUUUUCAUUCACUUUUCUUUUUUUUCCCCCUCUUUUUCUCUCCCCCUCUUUUUCUCUCCUACUUAGUUUGUAUUCUUCUCUCACCUGCUUGCUUUCUUUCUUGUCCCUACUGUUUAUUGGUUUGUUUCUCCUCCUCCAAAUUCCCUGCCUCCUUCUUCCUCUUUCAUUAUAUUCUCUUUUCUAUAUUAACAAAUGCUAUAUCUUUCUCCUUCAGUCUUUUCUUACCUUCUUCCCCUGCCUCUUAUUAUGCUCUCAAAAGGUGCAUAAACAUUUUCUCUUGCAGACUUUUGAUUUGA